AUGGUCCUCAAAUUUCUCUAAACUGACCCCACUGGAACUAUGAUUGAAUAUUAAGCUAAAGGAAUUGGUGCAGCCGAUGAAGGUAUCCAAAGCAUACUCAAAGAAUAAUACAAAUAAGAUCUAACCUUGGAGUAAGCUGAGAGAUUGGCCAUCUUAUGUCUCAAGAAUGUGAUGGAAGAGAAAAUCAAUAAUUCCAAUGUAGAAUUGGCUGUAAUUACAACUGCAGAGAAAAGAUAUACCUAAAGAACACCAGAACAAAUAUAAAGUCUAAUUGACAAAGUUUGAAAUAUUAUAUAUCUAUAAUAAGUAUAAUAUGA